AUGAACAUAUUACACGCUGUGACUGCCCAACAGCAGAUCUCACCAAAACUUCAGAAACUACAACAAACAUGUAAAGAUGGGAAAGAGUGUAGAACAGUUUAUUCCAAAGAAGAGUUGAAGGAAAAGUUAACACCAUUACAGUAUAGAGUAACCCAAGAGAAAGGCACUGAAAGGGCUUUCUCUGGGGAAUAUAACAGUCUCAAUGCUGAAGGUGUCUAUAAUUGUGUGGUGUGUGGUGUUCCUAUCUUCUCAUCAGAAUCUAAAUUUAACUCUAAGUCAGGAUGGCCGUCCUUUUAUGAUGUGUUAGAUAAAGACCAAAUUGCCUUAAAACAGGAUGUUUCAAAUAACAUGAUUAGAACUGAAGUUACAUGUGGUAAUUGUGGAGCUCAUCUUGGUCAUGUAUUUACUGAUGGUCCUGAACCUACAGGAACUAGAUACUGUAUAAACUCAGCAGCUCUAGCUUUUACACAAUCUACCCAAUCAUCUAAACAUAAUGAAGAAUAUUCUGAAAAGAUCAAAUCUGAACUGUAA